AGUACAAUAGAAAACAUUAUUAAACAAUUUUUACCACAAUCUUUAUGUAAAUAUCAGAAGAAAAAUUUUAAACUUAAUAAUCAUUAUAAAAAAAUAUCAUGUUAUUCCAAUUUUUCUACUUGGACGACCUGAAACAUUUGUAAAACAUAUAUAUGACCGUUUUGUCAUAGCUCAAAAUAUAUACAGUGAAAAAGGAAUAAACAAACUUACAUUAUUAGAACAUCAGUUUGAAGUAUAGAGUGAAAAUGGGUCCAAUGUAUAAGUAGUAGAUUUUACUGUACCAAGUAUUGUACAUGUUUAGAUUUUGAAAAGUAUCAUUGGCCAUGCCAACAUAUAUGUGCAUAAUUCAUAUAUAUACCAGGUUAUUCAUUUAAUGAUCUGCCUGAAAAAUUCAAAAAUAAUGUGUACAUAUCUACCAACCCUAGAUACUCAAUAACCAGCCCACAAGAAAAAAUAAGUACAAUUGAUUUAAAUAUGCAAAAUACUACAACUGCUGCUAUAACAAGAUUAAUAUUAAAAGAAUAAAAAAAUACAAGUGCUCAAAACAUAGAUAAAUAACAGUAACCUACCAAUACAUAUAGUAGAGAAAUUAUGAAAAAAAUUACAGACUGACUUACUUAAUAGACUAAAGAGAAUAUUCUGCAGAAUGGUAACAACAAUUGAAGGUUGUAAAUAGUGUUUAUGAAAAGAUAAGUGGUAUGGCAAAUAAAGAAGAUGGGCUAAACUUAUUACCCUCUAAACGUAAUUCAUCAGCAUUAUUCGACUUGCCAAAAAAUACAAAAAAAAAAAAUUAACCAACAAGACAAAUUAACAUGCUUAUAAACUAUUGACAAACAUACUAUGUAUAAUCUUAUCCGUGGUGAAUACAUAAUUAAUUUUAUGAGAAUUUGAUAAAACAAAAAUGAUAACGACUGCAUAAGAGGACGUUAUACCCGCAUGUGCUGUCUCCGCUUUCGAAUGCGUAACAUAGCAAAUUUUACGCUCCGAAAAACACGUGUAGCUCCGUUAAUUUAAAAAUUAGAGUGAAUUCACCUCUUAUAAAAUCUAAAGGUCUCAUUACUCUUAUUGUGGAAAAUCUAUUAGGUGUAUGAGAAACGUACUCAUACUACACAUGGUCCUGACAUAAACUAUUUAGCCCUAGUGACUUUAAAGCAGAGUAUUUUACGAAGGUGCGCGGAAGAAUGUACUCCACUUCGAGUGAUUUAUGAAGAAGAGACAUAAAGGGUUAGAAGAUCGCCUAGAGUAUACUCCUCUUUUGAGAACCAUGGAAAGGACUAGAGCUGCAGCGCGACCAAAAAUACCAGGUGAUCUGAUGGAAUACGCAGGUCAUCUAGUAGGUGCUCGCUACGUUCAUCUAUUCAGAACUGCUAAUGGGCGAGCAAUGUUCAGAGGGUUUGUCAUGGGUCCUCCUGACGCUGGAUCAGCAGUCGUUUUUAUAUCUACAUCCCUGGAAAACCUAUUGACUUCUGCUCAAGAAAUUCAUAUAGAUGCCACAUUUAAAAGCAGGCCCCUUGUUCCACAAACAGAACAACUGUUGAUAAUUAUGGACCAGGCAUUUCCCGUUGCAUACGCAUUAAUGACCCGCAAAACUGAAAUGGCGUACACAAGUGUAUUGGACCAUAUUAAGACUUGUGUUCCGCGUAAUAUUGCAAGUACCAUUGUCACUGACUAUAUGAAGUAGGGUUGAGCAACGCGUUGACCAACGUUUUUCCCGGAGUCAGAUUGCAGAAAUGCUAGUUUCAUAUGGCCCUAGUGGGAUUUCCUAAAAAAUGCAUUUGAAAAGAAUGCAAAAGACAUUUAUACAGUACUGACAAUGCACUGCAUACUAUAUGCUUCGUAUGUCAAAGGCUCUAACACUUUUGCCAGCUGACAGAAUAAUUGAAGGGUUUGAAGUUGUUGUCAGUGAGGCGAGGCUUUUUCCAAAUAUUGAGAUUGCCGAAAGAUACAUUUCGUAUUUUCAAAAAAAAAUUGGGUGGAACGUGUUGGACCGGAAAACUUUUGUGUUCAUGGCAUGCCCAGAAGAACAAACUAUCGAUCAAGAGAUUUUUCAUCGACAUUUAAAUACCAUCAUGCAGAGUCCACAGCCUGGUAUUUGGCAUUUUACAAAAACAUUAAUCAAAAUUGAACAAGAGUAUGGCACCAGGUAUGAGAGAAUGCAACAAAGACCAGCUCUAAGAGCCCGACGUCGCACUUAUGUUCAACUUGACGGAAAAAUCAGCGCAGCCUGUGAACGAUUGGCCCAGAGUAGGAUUUCUGUUAGAGAAUUCCUAUGUACACUGGGCAUUUGGCUUAUGAUGCAGAAUGAAGACAUGGAGUUGGCCGCAUCAAUGUACACAAUGAAAUCGUUGAAACUAUUGAAGAACAAAUUCUUACGGAAAAUGUGGAAAACAACAUUAUUGGAGGUAUUGAUUUAACUUCAGAAGACAACAAUGAUUAAAUAUUGUAUAAUGUUCAGGUUACAUUACGUUUAGUAUAACGUAACAAGUUACACAAUUUAAAACUAAAUAGUUUCCUUCAUUAUAUUUUCUGCAAUGUAUAUUAUUAUAAUUCGAUCUGAAAUUGAAUAUAAUAGUUUCUUCAUAAUUUUAAAUAUUGUAGUUAACCUACUUAUUGAAUUAUAUAAAAACUGUAAAUCACUACCCUAAUUACUCGAAUGUAACUAAGGUAAUAUGUUAUGUUAUUUUUAUUUUUAAUUCUAAUAUUUUUUGACCGAGGUUUUUUUGAAAUUAAUACACUAUUAAUUAUAUGUAUUCAAGGUUAUAUAGUAUUAAAUAAAAAAAGUAUGUUAAUAUAUUUUGAUGAACAAGAAAUUGUAAAUAAUAUAUAAAAUAUAAAUUUCUUUGUGUAAUUAUACUGUAUAGGUACAAUAAUAAUUAAUUUAUUGAUAUCUUCAAAGUUGUUGUAAGGUUUGAUGUUCUAUAUCUAGUUGUAAGUUGUUUAUCAGUAGACAGUUCUGAGCUCAUGAUUAUUUAUUAAUUUUAUAUCUAUUGAUAGGUACCUCAAAAAUAGAAAUGUAAAAUAAUUGACGAAUAUUAAGGUUUCAUAAAGUAAAAUAAUGUAGUCUAAAAAUACAUUUUAAUUACAUUAAAAUAUUAAAUAUUGUAAUUAAUAACUAAUUGAGCUAUAUAAAAACUGUAAAACAUUACCCUAACUCGGGUAAUAUGUUAUUUUUUAUUUGUUUAUUGGAAUCUUUUUUUUUUUUUUUAUAAAUAUUUUGUGAGGUUUUGUUCAAUUAUUAUAUUAUUAAUUAAAUGUUAUUAACAUUAGAGUUAUUAUUAAAAUUAAUAUAUUUUAACUUAAAUAUUUAACUCUAAUAAGUUGUUGUCAAACGAGUAUUCAACUCUUUUUAUUAUAACACUUACGUUUUUGUAUCAAUAGGACAUAUAUUUUUAUCAGAUAAUAUAACGGUA